AUGCUUUCAUCACUAAUAAGGAAACUUGUGAUCCAAGAAGUCAAGCCUACCCGCAUCUGUCUCCAGCUUGCUGAUGGCUCCACUAAGUUAUCAUCAAGAGUGGUUGAAGACAAGGUCGUAAGGGUUGGACCCUUUACGUUUACCACAGAUUUCGUGGUGUUGGAUAUGGAAGAACACAACAAUGUAUCCAUUAUUCUAGGGAGAUUAUUCAUGGCAACAGGAAAGACCGUCAUUGACGUGCAAAAUGGGAAAGUGACACUAAGAGUCAAUGAGGACGAAUUUGUACUAAAUGCUAUCAAGGCCAUGCAGUACUUUGACACCCCAGAGGAGUGUAUGAGGAUUGAUAUUAUCGACUCCCUGGUAAAAGAGGUACAUGCAGCUGAGAGACUUGAGGAGGAGCUGGGUGACAUCCUUGGGGAUGACACGCCUGACAUAAAGGCACUAGUAAAAUAG